GUUUUGUGCAUUAUCAACAACAAGACGAUUUAAAUAAAUUGCACGAGGGUGUUUUAAAAGAUAUUGAACGUCAAGAACAAAGGCGUCAUUCAAAAGAACAAAAUCAAGAUAUUGCUAUAGUAAAAAAAUUUCAGGAUGGGGAAAAAAUCGCAUAAAAAGGACAGAAAACAUAAUAAAAAAAAACGAUGUAGAUCAUCAUCGUCUUCAACUUCAUUAAACAAUAACAGUUCUGAUGAUAAUGAUUGGGUUGAAAAAGAUACUAAAUCAGGACAAAUAUUACAUCAAUCGAAAAAUGAACCUGAUAAUUGGAUGGAUUUCAUUUGUAACUCAUCAAAAGAAACUAUUAAAAAACAUAAUAAUAAAAAUGAAGAAUUAGAAAACACUAAAUUUAGAAUGGAAAUGCCUGGCCAAUCUAAUCGAGAACUAAACCCUUAUUGGAAAAAUGGUGGAACUGGUCUUCCACCUAAUAAUCCUAAAAAAAAUCAACAUAAAGUGUUUCUUAAACCUAAAGCAGAUGAUGAUGAUGAUAAAAAUAGAUAUAAAAAUUACAAUCAUUCUCAUAAUUCUAGUAAUUUUAAUAGCCAUCAAGCAUGGCGGAAACAUGACAGAAAAAAUAGUAAACAUGAAAAAGAAAAAAGUGAGGGUUAUAUAGAUAGACAUAAAAAUAAUAGAGCUAUAAAAAAAAAAGAUUCUUCAUCUAGUCACCAUAGUCCUAAAUACUAUAGAUAUUCUAAUAAUGAAAAGAACUAUUCAAAUGAUGAAAGAAUUAAAAAAAUUGAAACUCAAUCAGAGAGUUCAAAAGAGAUUUCUGGUAACCCAACCGUCAAAAAUGAAGAAAGUAAAAGUAAACUUUUAAGUGAUGCAGAAUUAAAUGAACUUGCUGCUAAACAGAUAAAAGCUGAACUAAUGGGAAAUACUUCGUUAGCUGAAGAACUACGAAAUAAACUUGAAAAUGCCCGAAAAUUUACUAAAUUAAUAGAAAAUAAAAUGCCAUCCGAAUCAAACCUAAAAGAUAAUGUUGUGCUUUUGACAAGAACAUCAUCAAAAGGAUACAGUUAUCCAGUUACUCAAUCAAAAUCAGACAAAUAUGAUAGUAGAAAAAAAAAGAGAGAACGGGUAUUAACACAUGAAGAUGGUAAACGAGUGAGAUAUUUUGAUGAUGAUGACAAAUAUUCAUUAAAAUCUAUGUUUCAGAAAGAAAUGAAAAAUACAGCAGAAGAUAGUAACUUAGAAUUUGUCAAAUUAUCAAGAAAAGUUAAUAGUAGAGAUGACGAAGAUGAUGUGUUUGUUGAUCGAGCUUCAAAGAAACAUUCAGCUAAAGCUGCUGAAAGAGAAGUCAAACAAGCAAUAAAAGAACAUAAAAAAACUGAGAAAAUUUUAAAUUCAUGUUGUUAUUGCUUUGAUAGUGAUGCUAUGAUGAAGCAUCUUUUCAUCACAAAAGGAGAAAAAUGUUACAUAUGUUUGCCAUCAUAUAAAUCUCUGACAGAAGGCCACUGCUUAAUAGUGCCAAUAUACCAUUAUGCAUGUGCAACUGAUAUUGAUGAAGAUGUUUGGAAUGAAAUGCAGAUUUAUCGUAAAAAAUUAACAACAAUGUUUAAAAAUCAAGAUGAAGAUGUUGUAUUUUUUGAAAGUGCCAUGCAACUUCAUAAUAUGCCUCACAUGGUUUGGAACUGUGUACCCGUUCCUUUGGAAAUCGGAGAUACUGCUCCAAUAUACUUCAAAAAAGCAAUUUUAGAAUGUGAAACUGAAUGGGCAAUGAAUAAAAAAGUUGUAGAUCUUAGUAAGAAAGAUGUACGUAAAGCUGUGCCUAAAGGUCUGCCUUACAUUUCUGUUGAUUUUGGAAUGCAAGGAGGUUAUGCUCAUGUAAUAGAAGAUGAAAAGAUAUUUCCUAAAAAUUUUGCUGAAGAAAUCAUUGGUGGUAUGAUGGAUUUAGAACAUAAUAAAUGGCGCAAAAGACAAAAGGAACCUAUUGAAGAACAAUUAUUAAAAGCUACAACAUUUUUAGAAAUUUGGAAAAAAUACAAUACAAUUUGAUAAAGUU